AUGAACCGCAGCUCCAUUGAAGAAGGAUCGUGGAAGGAGGAGGAGGAGGUUUGCAGUCCCUUGAAAGCUGAUAGUAUACAGAAGCACAGGCCCUUGACCCCUUUUAGAGUUGUAAGGGGUGUUCUAUGUUUGGUGGUGUUUCUUUCCACUGCUUUCACCAUUCUAGUGUGUUUUGCGCCUGUGGUAGCUGUUUUGUUGCGACUUUUUAGCAUACAUUACAGCAGAAAAGCAACAUCCUUUCUAUUUGGUAGGUGGCUGGCUCUCUGGCCCUUUCUAUUCGAAAAGAUAAACGGCACAAAAGUUGUAUUUUCAGGCGAUACUGUUCCACCUAGAGAGCGCAUUUUGAUUAUUGCGAAUCACAAAACAGAGGUGGAUUGGAUGUACUUGUGGGAUCUUGCAUUGCGAAAAGGGUCCCUUGGAUACGUUAAAUAUGUGCUCAAGAGCAGUUUGAUGAAGCUGCCUGUUUUUGGUUGGGGAUUCCACAUUUUGGAGUUCAUUCCUUUGAAGAGGAAGUGGGAAGUAGAUGAACCAAUUCUCCGGAAAAUGCUACUGAGUUUUGCUGAUCCUCGAGACCCUCUCUGGCUUUCUAUUUUUCCUGAAGGAACUGAUUAUGAUGAAGAAAAAUGCAAAAAGAGCCAGACAUUUGCUGCUGAAAAUGGACUUCCGGUGCUGUCACAUGUACUACUUCCAAGGACUAAAGGUUUUUGUGCUUGCUUAGAAGCGCUAAGGGGUUCUUUUGAUGCAGUUUAUGACUUGACAAUUGCAUACAAGAAUCAAUUGCCUUCGUUUAUGGACAAUGCAUUUGGUGUAGAUCCUUCAGAAGUCCACAUUCAUGUUCGGCGUAUUCCAAUGGAAGAUAUCCCGGAGUCUAGCACAGAUGCCGCAUCUUGGUUAGUGGACACAUUCCACAUCAAGGACAACAUGCUGUCAGAUUUCCAGACUCAAGGCCAUUUCCCUAAUGAAGGAGGAGAAGAGGACAUUUCUGCCUUCAAGGGUUUGGUAAAUUUAAUGUUGAUACUUGUUUUGACAGUGGUUAUCAUUUACCUUACCAUUUUUUCAUCGGUCUGGUUUAAAAUAUACAUCGGUUUAUCGUGUGCAUACCUUGCUUCAGCAACAUAUUUUGAAAUCCAACCGGUGCCCGUAUUAGACUUUGUUAAAGCAACAUUUGUUUGCAAUAGAUUCAGAUUGGAAUAA